GCAGCCUCUCCUCCUGAGAGAAGUUCAUCAAGCCAGCCGGAAGACAGAGACGCUGGAGCAUGCUCAGCUGCGUCGACCGCACAUCCUUCUGGGUCGGCCUCCUCAAAUGGCCCGGUCAUCUUGAAUUUGUCAUCGUCUGUUGGACUGCUACAACACCCGGUGUCCAGUGGCCCUGUGAACAUAGCUCCAAUGCCAGUCCUCUGUCAAGUGCUUCCUGUAUCACAGACAACUCCAUCUGUUGUGGCCAACACCAUUGUUUCUGUACCUGGCCAGCAGGGGGCGGUAUGCCCACCGGUGGUCCUCAUGAGCGGAGAGGUUUCCAAGGGUUCACUUAUGUUCCUCGUCCCCCAGCCAGUGCUCCACAGACAGUCUGCACUGGUAACCCCUGGAAAACCUAAGCUGGCUGCCAUCGCCCCAGCACCGGGCGUCCCCUCUUUGGUCCAAAGGAACAGCCCGCGGCCCAGCGUUUCCAGGAUACGGAGCCACAUCUGCACCCACCCGGGCUGUGGGAAGACCUACUUCAAGAGCUCCCACCUCAAGGCCCACAUGAGGACUCACACAGGCGAGAAGCCUUUCUGCUGCAACUGGGAGGGCUGCGAGCGGCACUUCGCCCGCUCUGACGAGCUGUCACGACACCGGCGCACACACACUGGCGAGAAGCGCUUUGCCUGCCCCGUGUGCCACAGCCGCUUCAUGCGCAGCGACCACCUGGCCAAACAUGCCCGGCGCCACCUGGCUGCCAAACGGGUGCCCACCUGGCAGGUGCAGCUCCGCAGCCUCAGCAGUUUGGCUGCUGCCUGCCCUCCGCACCUGCCGUCUGGCCCCGAGGGCAUGCUGGCAUGUUAGUGCAUUGGCUAAGGACCCAGACUUCUGACCAAAACACCUUUCGGUCUGAUUGAGGGCUCUCUUUGGUGUAGUCUUGAGCAAUGGCUUAACUUAGACUCCCUGUUUGAAACUCUACAGCGUCUCUAAAAAAAGAAGCUAGAUGAUCCUGGCAGUUACACAAUUAUAUGUUGCUUAUUAGCUGACACCACCUAACUUGAGAUUUUGCACAAUGUCUAAAUUGCACUCAGAAAUCUUGAAAGUGUAGGUGUCUGAUUAAGUUUACCUAUAAUUCAUCAAGGUUACCAAAUUCCCAGAGUUCUUGAAAGGUAGUGGAAAGCCGAAUUAUGUUUCUUUUUUCCUUAUAUAAUUUUCUUCUGUCAUUGUUUACACAUAAAAAUAUUAUGUUUUGGCAUCACAUGAUUCACAAGCUCAGGGGUUAUUGCCUAAAGUCCGUUGGUCGGAUGUCCAAUUUCCCUACCAAUCAGCGCCUAGAUUGGGGCGGGCACUUUUAAUAAGCCCCGCCCCCUACACCACUGUUGCUGUCCCCACACUUGGUGGUGAUGGCCAGUAGAUGGUGAGAUGGCAGUGGGGUGUCAUUCUGUGUGAGGGAAGAGAUUUAGCAACAGUGCUGAAACGUCAGGGUUUUUGUUUCUGUGGAGUUUUUUUUUUAUUUACAAAUAUUUUGUAUUUUUAAAUUCAUUAUUUAUUUUAUAAUGUUGGUCUUUGUUUUAGUUGGGAGUCAUUUUUUUCCUUCAAGCAAGUAUGACCAAGGAACAGCUGAGCAAUGGUAUAAUUCUUACAAGCAGGCCGGUAAGACUCCUGUGAGUCAUUUCUACUACUGUUAAGUCUUAUUUUAAAUCUGUACUGGAAAAAACCCGCCGAGCUCUGACCAAAGUAGCUUCACCAUAACAUACAGUGGAACAUCAUGUUAGCUUUUUUUUGCACAAUAUUUGUCAUUGCAAAUGUUUUUUUUUUUAUAUACAAAGAUGAAUAAAAUCUUUUAGAAAAGUC